GAGUCAUAAAGCUGAUCGAAGAGCACAUGCUCCGUCCUUGCUCUCAUGGUUGGGGCUUACUCAGAGACGAACAAGACAAGGAUAAAAAGGUUUCUUGCAAGCAACUUUUUGAUUCAUAAGAAGGCAUUGCUCUACCUGUCUACCACUCCACUCCAUUCCCCACCGGCGAGAGAGAUUGAGAGAGAGAGAUUGAGAUAGAGCUGAAGACAUGGAGGGCAAGCGCACCGACCAGGCAAAGCUCAGCACGAUGCACCCAAAGGUUAUCUGCUGCAAGCUCUACAUCUCUGAAAGCCAAAAUGCGGCUGUUGUCGAUGCCAUCAGCCGCAUAGGCCAGAAAGACCCUGAGGUGGUUUUGCUCAGCAAGUUCGAGGACGAGUACUACAACCGUGUCCGCUAUACGCUCGCCUCCUACAUCACCAGCGAAAGCUCAACCGGUGAAGCUGUAUUUAGCCCAAUCAGGAAGGUGUUGCUGGCGAUGAUCGAGGCUGCAUUUUCAGCCAUAAAUCUCGAAGUACACAGUGGAACUCAUCCAAGGAUUGGCGUCGUCGAUGACAUGUCGUUCCACCCCUUGAGCCAAGAGGCCACAAUGGAGGAUGCUGCUCAGCUGGCUAAGUUGGUCGCCUCUGACAUUGGCAAUGGCUUGCAAGUUCCGGUGUUCCUCUACGCGGCAGCACACCCCACCAGCAAGAGCGUCAGUGCAAUACGGCGUGAGCUUGGCUACUACCGGCCAAAUCACAAGGGUGUCCAAUGGGCAGGCCAGGUGCUCCCUGAUACUCUACCAGUGAAGCCAGAUGUGGGCCCAGCUCAUGUUUCUAGUAAAAGAGGUGCCACCAUGGUCGGAGCAAAACCUUUCGUCGAGAGCUACAAUGUGCCGAUAUUCUGCAAGGAUGUCCCGACCGUGAGAAGGAUCACCCGGAGGGUCACGGGACGGAGCGGAGGGUUCCCGACGGUGCAGGCGCUUGCUCUCUUCCAUGGCGACAAUUGCACGGAGAUCGCGUGCUUGCUGGAUCCAGACCAUGUUGGUGCCGAUCAGGUUCAGUGGCUGGUGGAGCAGAUUGCAGGAGAGCAAGGGCUUGAGGUUGACAAGGGCUAUUUCACCGACCUGUCCAAGGACAUGAUGCUGGAAAGGUACUUCAAGAUGGUUUCUGCAGCUGAUUGACAUGUGCACAAUUUCCUUCUUGCAAUCAUGCAUGUCUGCACUUCCGUGUAUGCUGCUGUUUAAACUGUGGCGCCAAUUGGGCCCUGGACCGACCAAUUCCAACAUUUUGUAUAUAUACUUAGUUAUAUCUGCA